UUCGCCCAUGCACACACCCUGCCCUAUCGCUUUCCUUCCCCCGCUCCAGCCACCCACCCAAGACAGAAUCAAAACAAACGUGCGCAACCUCAGGCAAAUGCAUUGGCAUUUUCCUAACCCUCCUCAAUCUCCCCCACUCCUCCCUUCCCCCUUUUGAAGGGCUGUUAUCCUCUCUCGAGUGUGUGGGUGAGUGAAUGAGUGAGAUAGAGAGCGAGAGCGAGCAAGGUAGGGCAGUUUUUCAUUUUUCACACGCCACUCCACACCAACAUCCAACCACGAAACGCCCACCAUCGCACGGAGGUGCUGGGUGAUCGAUCACGGUCCACAACGCAACGCAUUUCCGUGACCCGUCUGUGUGUGUGUGUACGUGUGUGUUUCACAGCAGCAGGAAAGGCUGUGUGUUGUGUUGAGUUCAUUGUUUCUUUUUCGUUCUUUUAUCACGGUGCAAAUCCACUUCCACUCCGCUUCCCGUUAUCAGUGUGUGUGUGCAUUUUGUGGGUUAGUAAUCGAUGCCUCAGUAUCAAAUUGCAAUCGAUCCAAAACUAUUCUGCGAGAAAAACACAGAAACAUCAUUCACUUUGGACCCGCCCGCCAUCUGGAGUUUCCUUUACUUUGGGUGUAAUCGAUCAAGCACAGAAGUAUUACAAGCGUGUGUGUGUGUGUGUGCUUGAGCUCUCUUUGUUCCAAUUGACCUCGCGGUUUUUGUUUGCUAAACGGUGUAACGAAAGCGAUGGGAGGAUGUUAUCUCUUCCAGUAGCAAGCGCCAACUACGCCUUGGCAGAACCACCUGCCGUCUCCUCUCCGCACGGAAUACUACGUUGGCUGUGAAAUUGCAAUUCCGCACUAUCUACAAUCUUCCAGCUCAAAACACAGGGACACUCCGCCGGAACCUUCCAAGGAACGGAUUGUAUCGCAAAACAGCUGCUGGCCACACAUUUCGGGUCUGGCACUGGUCGGACCACGUUUCGUGACAAAUUAUUCCCCCCAUUCUUCCCCAUGAGAUAAUCAAUCUCCCACGGUGUGGCUGAGGAAAAGGCAAAGAACAACAAACCCUGCCUCGAGUCGAGCUCAUUAGCAUUCGGCGUGUGUUAAAUCAGUUGCUGCCAUCCUGCUGGUAGUGUCUGGUUGGUGGUUGAAGCUAAGUGUGUCUGUUUUACCGAGCUGCGCCGUAUUGCUUCCACAAAUUUCCAUUUUCUUGUUGUUGUUUUACCAUUCGAUGAGUCAUACCCAUCGGGCGAGCAAAAACGAACGUUGCACAAUUCACACUUCUGCUCAAGUGCGCCAUCGCCGGCUGCUACGAACGUGAUAGAUAAGAGCAAAUCUCACUUGACGUGAAGCGAGUACCACCACCACCACCAGCAUGGAGAUCGGACCGGACGAGUGGAUGGAGCGGGCGAAGGAGAAUAUGAAAAAGUUCCUCAACCGGGGCGGUGCGUGCCGCGGGGACGAGCCGCAAAUGCUGACCGGGGCCGCGCUCGAGAACACGCUCGGGUACGCGCUAAACCUCACGAUGAAGGACCCGAACGAGUGGACGGACGACGAGCUGCAGCAGGAGUACAUGGAGCGGCUCUGCUUCUACGAUGCCGAGUCGCGUAAAACGAUCGACCGGCUGACGCAGCAGAUGUAUGCACAGAUUGGGGGCGAAUCGCCAGACGAACCGUGCCAGCUGACGAUUCUGCCGAUCGAGCUGUACGCGGAAGGGAAGCUGUACGAGGUGGCCCUGUUCCGGUACCAGUUCGGGGUGGGCACUGAGCCGAAGUACGUCGACUCGUACGGCCGGGUGUACGGCAGCUUUAAGGAUUUUUUGCGCAACAACAAGUACCCGUCGGCGGAGAUGAUGUACCCGCGGGAGGGCCGGCUGGAGGCGGGAGAGGACAAAACCGUACUGUACGAGGUGGGCAAAACGCCCGCCUGGAAGGCGUACUACUUUAAGGCGCUCGACAUUGCGACGGGCAUUAUUGGAAUUGCGGGCGCUACCGGGGCCAUCUUUCUGUCGGGCGGUAUCGCCACCCCGUUCGUAGCCGCCAGCAUCGGUUCGGCCCUGUACGCGACGGGCCGGUCGAUCGAUGUGCUGCGGGACAAGAGCGCCCACCAGGAGUCGCUCAAUCCGUUCCUCGAUUCGGAAUCGCGCACCGCCUGGCUCAGCCUGACCGCUCACGUCCUCACGUUCGGCACGAUGCCCCACAUCUCCGCCCUGUCCGGCGUGGCCUCGACCAGCCACAGCAUCGCGACCGGCUUCAAGGUGUGCAACUUCAUCAACGAGACGGGCAACAUCAUCAGCGAUCUCGUCAUCUGCGACACACUGUCGGCGAUGCACUCGAACUACUACAACGCGUCGAUCGAGACGCGGCUCGCGCACGCCGCCUCGAUCUGCUUCUGGACCAAAACGACCAUCAGCAUCCGGCAGGCGGAGCUGAUGAUGAAGAACAACGCGAUCGUGGCGCUGAAGCUGUUCGGGUUCGAGGAUCACUGCUGCGAGUACUUCAACAACGAUGCGCACGCGAUCGACAUCGGGCUGCGGAUAGCGAAGCAUUCGCUCGAAACGAACGUGCAGAUCGUGUCGGACGCGAGCGAUCCGGGCGCGAUCCGGAUCGAUGGUAGCCGGUUCCCGAUCGUGGAGCUGCUGCGGCUCGAGCCGAGCGAGGUCGAGACGCUGUUCGAUGCGCUGCAGGGUGUUUCGGCGGACGAGCGUGCACUGUUCGAUGAGAUGCGUCCACUGGUUUGCUGCGGGAAGGCGGCUGCUGCCGCCGACGAGGAUGAGGGCAAGCUGAGCGUGCUGGUGCGCAUCCUUGCCCGGGAAGCGGAACGGGAGUGCUUGCCCGUGAGCGAUCUGAUGGAAAUGUUGCUGCAAACGUACGCCGCCAUCAAGCGGUACGAAGGGGGCGCGGCCGGCAGCGUGCAACCGACCACGUUUCAGCUUUCGGCCGGUGGUCUGUGUAUUGGUCGCGGUCUCUGCAUGCGCCUGAAAUCGGCCUUCAUUCUGUUUGCGUCGAAAGAGGUGGCCCCGGCACCGGUGGAGCUGUCCGCGGGGGAGAAUAGCAGCAGCAGCAGUAAGGCGCGUGACGGUGACGAAACAGGCGAUAGGGAAACGAACCGUUUAAUUCGGGCGCUGUUGGAGCUGUCCGAGAAGCAGUGCAGCCAGUUGUCGGACAUUAUCCGCCAGGAUCCGAACUAUUUUUCUAUCUUUAAGCAAAAGCCACUGGAAACGAUCGAACAGGCAGGUGAGGUGGCCGACACGGAGGCCCACAGGGAGCAGCUGCUGUACGAAAGGCUUAAGGAGAAUAUUUUGAAAGCACUGGAGCGAAACACGACCAACCAGGACGACAGCUAAAUCAUCGGCCACAUGCAAAAGAAACAACUGUGGUGCCGUUUUGGCUCCACUCGUCUACCCGACUGAACACACAGAGACGAGUGCUUUGAUUGAAGCGCGCAAACAGAAGAUGAGAAGAAGAAGAAGCAGCAAAAAAACCUAAAAGUGCACAAAAUCACAAAACAAAUCAAAUCAAACGAAAACAUAAUCAAAUGAAAUCUGGAACACAUUACUUAUUAAACAUUUGCAAACGUUUCUACCUGAAAGCAAAACAACAACAGAACCAUUUUUAGGCAAAACACAAAAACACACACACACAAUUAGGAAUUUCUACUGAGGCGAGACGAGAACACUUUCGAGAAUGUUUUUAUUUUUAUGAGCUCUAUUUACCUAUCCAACUGUUUGUGAGUGUUAAUUUUGUUUAUGGAAAAAAGUGGUAAACGAAACAAACAAACAAACAAACAAACAAACAAGAACACGUGAACAGACAAAAUAACUCACACACACGCGCGUUAGUGUUUUAACGAUUAGAUAAAAAGAAAGCUUAGUAAUUUAACCAAAAACCGAACUUGUUAAGUGAUAGAAUUGGAAGAAUUUAGUGCAGUACGCAUAA